GCGGGGUUUGAGCCGGGCUGAGCCGAGUUUGAGCGGGGCUGCGCGGGGCUGAGCAGGGUUUGCGCGGGGCUGCGCGGGGCUGCGCCGGGCUGAGCAGGAUUUGCGCGGGGCUGCGCGGGUUUGAGCGGGGCUGAACCGGGCUGAGCGGGGCUGAACGGGGCUGAGCCGGGCUGCGCGGGUUUGCGCGGGGCUGCGCGGAGGUUGCGCGGGGCUCGCCCCCCCCGGGGGUCCCGGCGAGAGGCAGACCCCGGCAGGGGGAAGGGCGGGGUGAGGAUGGCGUGCGGCUCUGGAAACGCGGCCAGGCGCCGCUGCCGGGGCUCGGCGUGCGGCUGCGGGGCGGGGGGAGCCCCGCAGGGCCGGCCCGCAGCGCUGGAGCUCGCCAUGAGCCGCUCCCGGAGCAGUGCCUCCCCACGUAGGCAAUAGCUUGCUUGAUGGACAUGAACGCCUUGCUGGACAGAUUUCACAAUUACAUCCUGCCGCACCUCCGGGGGGAGGACCGAGUUUGUCACUGCAACUGUGGAAGGCACCACGUGCACUACGUGAUCCCCUACGACGGGGACCAGUCGGUGGUGGACUCCUCGGAGAAUUACUUUGUGACCGACAAUGUGACCAAGCAGGAGAUCGACCUGAUGCUGGGGCUGCUGCUGGGCUUCUGCAUCAGCUGGUUCCUGGUGUGGAUGGACGGCGUGCUGCACUACGCCGUGCGCGCCUGGCGCGCCAGCCGCCGCUACGACUCCUCGUGGUCCUGGCUCCCGCGGUUCUGUAAGCUGAAGGAGCUGCGCAAGCGCCAUCCGCGGCAGUACGAGGAGCCCACGGGCAACAUGGUGCACAUCAAACAGAAGCUGUACCACAACGGGCACCCCAGCCCCCGGCACCUCUGAGGGACCCCGGCGCCGCGCCCGCUUUUAACCAACACCGGACUCCUCUUCCUCCCGGGGCCGCCUCCGGAUUGUCCCCACGGCAGCGCAGGACGCGGAAUCGUCCCCGGGACGCCCGCGGGUGGACGCGCCACCAUGCACAACUGAGCCGGUCCUGGGUGCUCUGCAGCCGAGGCUUUGCACUGUGUUCCACGUUUUAUUGCCAGACUCGUGUAUAUAUGUAAAAAAAAAAAAAAAAACAGAAAAAAGGGAAAAAAGAGAGAUUUGCAUUGUACUUUCAGCCGCCGCCCCGUCCUCCUGGCUGUCCUGCACAUCCUGCUGGGAAUGCUGGCCGAGGGAUGGAGGUGGGACGGCACCAAGAAGAUGCAGAGUGUCUCCUCCAGGAGCUCCAGCCCCCACAAAAAAACAAUUUCUUUGCCCCUCCCGUGGCUGAAGGGCCUGGCUGGUCACAGGUUUGGAAGGGGGGAAGGCGCAGUGUCCCAUUUUUGGGGUUUUUUUUUUGGUUUGGUUCACGUUCCGGGGGGGAAGGAAGGGCUGGGGAUGGGUCAGGGGUUUGCUGUUUGUGUUGCUGCCACUGAAACCUGCCUUAAGCAGCCCCACCUGGGAGCCA